UACAACAAGGAGUUCUCUGUUACAAACCAAAAAAAAUGGUAUAAUCAAUGGAGAGAUUAAGAAAACUAGUAAACGAAAUAGCAUACACCAACAAUCCCACUAAACUCUCACCACUUCACAUCUCUCUUCUCCCUUUUCUUUCAAUUUCUUCAUCUUUCUACAAACUUGCUCUCUCACUUCGUUACUAUCUUUACAAACACAACAUCUUCUUCCAUUUUCAAAUCCACCGUUUACCAGUUCCUGUUAUCAGUGUUGGAAAUUUGACAUGGGGUGGUAAUGGUAAAACACCCAUGGUUGAGUUCAUCGCUCGAUACUUUUCUUGUUCCGGAAUUUCACCUCUUCUUCUUUCUAGGGGUUAUGGUGGUGGUGAUGAAGUUAACAUGCUUCAGAGGCAUUUACUUGGAACACCAACUAAGUUUGGUGUUGGCGCAAAUCGAGCUGCUGUUGCAAGUAGUUUGAUCCAAAAAUAUGGCUACAUUGAUAUUCGCAACAGUUCAUUGUAUGAGAAGCAAAACCAUGAUCAGAAGGCCCAGAAUUAUCUUGACUCAGAAAAAAUUGGGGUUGUAGUUCUUGAUGAUGCAAUGCAGCAUUGGAGUUUAUGGCGAGAUUUGGAUAUUGUGAUGGUCAACGGAUUAACUCUUUGGGGUAACGGUAAACUACUGCCACUUGGACCUUUAAGAGAGCCUUUGACUGCACUCAGACGAGCAGAUGUAGUUGUAAUCCAUCAUGCCGACUUGGUUUCUGAUCAUGUUGUCGAGGAUAUUGAGUCAAUGGUCCAGAAAAUUAAAAAGUCUGUUCCUAUUUUCUUCACAAAAAUGGAUCCAACUUACUUAUUUGAGUUGGGAAACAUCAAUUCUAAAAUACCAUUGACGGCUCUUCACGAAGCUGCUAUUUUAUGUGUUUCUGCUAUUGGUUCUGCAGAUCCUUUUGUGAAGCGGAUUCAAGAGAUGGGAGUGCUUUAUGUUGAUCGAAUAGAUUUCAGUGAUCAUCACAUAUUCCAUUCCAAGGACAUUAGUAUGAUCAGAGCCAAACUUAAAGAACUUGAGAGAAAGUUUGGUUCCAAACCAUCUGUUGUAAUAACUGAAAAGGAUUAUGAUAGGGACCCUGAGAUUCUUAAGCAACUUUAUCCAUUUAAAACCUUUGUUCUGUGUUCCACAUUGAAGGUUUUGCCAUAUAAAGGAAACAAUGAAGAUAGCUUUAAGAAAUUUCUAAAGGACCAAUUGAAAUUAAAAUUUUCUGCAGCAGAUUAAUCUUAACUUCUUGUAAUGUUUGAAUCGACGGUGAGUUUGUCAUAAUUAUGGUGUACUAUUGUGAUUUUAGUAAAAACUACAUUUCGUAUCUUCGAUAAAAACACAGUGCCACCGUAAUUUCUUAAAAA